GAGCUUGGAAUCGCUUGUGGAAUAAGUGCGUAGUAAACAAGAUACUUUUGUGCAAUUGAAAACCUUUCAAAAUAAUCCAAUAUAUACAUUUCAUACUAAUUAUUAAGACAUUUUGAAUACUGUUCUACACUCUUUGCAUAUUAUUAUUAAUUCAAUUGUUUAUUGCCGGUGAACAUCCAGUUAUUCUCCCCUUGAACGAAGACUUAUUUUCGGUGUGCAAAAUUUUGUAGUAAAAAUGGGUUUGUUUCGCACGAUGGCUUCGGUAAUCACCGAAGUAGGACAGAAAGUGUCACCAGCCUUGACAGUUCUGCGCUACCCCUCAGACUCGACUGACCUCAAAGCUGUACUUGCCAAGAAGGUUCCUGAGGAGCAGGAAAGGGCAAAGAACUUCCGAAAAGCUUACGGAACAACCAAGAUCGGGGAGGUCAUAGUUGACAUAAUGUAUGGAGGUAUGAGUGGCAUCAAGGGGUUGGUACCAGUCUCAAAGGAGUGGGCGAAACGUGCAGCACUACCAUUACACGUGGCGACACUCUUGAACAACUUACCUCUCACCCUGCAUCCCAUGUCGCAGUUCAGCUGCGCCAUUACAGCACUCAGUUCGGAGAGCAAGUUCGCCCGGGCAUACUCCUCUGGAGUACACAAAUCGAAAUACUGGGAGUAUGUUUACGAAGACGUCAUGGAUCUAAUUGCAAAACUCCCCGUCGUAGCAGCGACCAUUUACCGCAACACGUACCAUCAUGAUAAGGGCGCUGGGGUCAUCGGUGCCAGCAAGGAUUGGAGUCAAAACUUCUGUCGGAUGCUGGGCUAUGAUAACCCAGAGUUUACAGAACUCAUGAGAUUGUACCUCACAAUCCACAGCGAUCACGAGGGAGGCAAUGUGAGUGCCCAGACUGUUCACCUGGUUGGCUCGGCGAUGUCGGAUCCGUACCUCUCAUUUGCAGCUGGUAUGAAUGGCCUCGCAGGUCCUCUUAAUGGUUUAGCGAAUCAGGAGGUAUUAGCAUUCCUCAAGAAAUUGCAGAAAGAGUUGGGAGACAACGCGUCAGACGACUUAGUGAGAGAGUUCAUCUGGAGAAGAUUAAAGAAUGGACAGGAGGUUCCAGGCUACGGUCACGCUGUUCUUCGUAAGACAGAUUCACGCUUCGCCUGCCAGAGGGAGUUCGCACAGAAACAUUUGCCCAACGAUCCACUUUUCAGGCUGGCGUCUCAGGUGUACAAAGUGGUUCCUCCCAUUCUCAUGGAGACAGGCAAAGUCAAGAAUCCGUGGCCCAAUGUGGAUGCUCACUCCGGUAUACUUCUUCAGUAUUACGGUCUGAAGGAGGUGAAGUACUAUACAGUUUUGUUCGGUGUAUCUCGUGCUUUGGGAGUGCUGGCAUCUCUGGUAUGGGACAGGGCUCUUGGCUUCCCCAUCGAACGGCCCAAGUCUCUAUCAACUGAGGAACUAUAAUAGACUAUAAUGAAACAGAUGGCUCUGGCAGUCAAAUCAGAAGAGAGUAGAAACUGUGCAGAGUCAGUGGGCUGGUCACUCACUAUUCUUAAAUGCACGCUUCAAAGACUAGGAAACCUCCAAAAGGAGUCGGCGAUGACCCACUACUGGGUUAAGCUACUAAGAAUGUAACAGCUCAAGGCUUAGAGAUUUGUGCAGAAGACCAAGAGACGCAAGGCAUGUCUUGAUGAAACAGAACCCUUGAGAGCCUAAUGGAGAUGGAGUUAAACCAACAUGGCCGUUGAUCUUAGCACGCGCAUGCGCUCACUGAAUGAGUUGAGAGAGAGGAACCGACUAUGUGCCGCUUGAAGAUUUCUGUCUUCUGGG